AUGCAGAACUUCCUGAGGCUGCUGCGGGAGCAUGGGGACACCCACUGUCUCCCACAAGACCUGGUGAUUCUCGCAGGCAAGCUGUGUCGGGACUUCCAGCACAACCUUGUUCAGGUGCUGUCUUUGGUGAAAGCCAUUCUGGAGAGCCGGCAUCUUCAGCACCUGCUCCAUAAUGCAGACGUGGUGCUCGCGUGUGCCCAGGUCCUGGUCCGGCAGGAGCAGCACCUUUCAGCCCUCCAGAUUUUAGAGGGGUGUAAGGUGCCAGGAGGCAGCCAGGAGCUGGUACAGCUCUGGAAUGACAUUCACUACCACCUGACCAUGAGGAAGCUGGGGGUCACCACGCUGAGCCCAGUGCAGAAGUUUCGUUGCAGGAAGAGGAACCCACCACCCACAACCCUUUGCCCCGAGGGCCCUAAGAGCCGGAACUUCCUCCCAGAGAUUCGGCGCCACCUGCACAACUUUGCCACAAGUGUGGGUGUUUUUCCCAAGAAGGCCCAGUUGGAGAAACUGGCGUCAGAGACCAGCUUGACUCCUGAGCAGGUGUACAACUGGUUUGCCAAUUAUCGGCGACGUCAGAAGGCUCUUCCCCUGCACGUUCAGAGAGCCCUCAAGACCAGGUCAGGAGCCUCCAGUGCAAAGGAGUGGGGUCCUGAACCGCUGCAGCCCUCAGGAGACCGUCAAGAGCCUGUGGCUGCAUCUAUGUGCGACGACCUGUCUGUUUCCUCUGUGGCUAACCGUGAAUCAUGGACAAUGCCCCCUGCACCAUCAUCCUCCGGGGGAGUUUUCCUCCACACGGGGCAGCCAGAACAUAGAAACCAGAAAGAGGCUGGGAUGGAUCCUGAAGAUGCCACUGUGUUGAGGGCCAUUUCUACCGUCAGCGAUCCCUGUCAUGCAGGAUUCGCUGAUCUGCACAGUAAUUGUUUCCAGAGCAUGUUCCCACAGGAGGGUCGAGGACCAAGUGCUGGACAGGCAGCUUCGACCGCAGGCUUGAAACUUCAUCAUCCUCACAGUUCUUUGGAGGUGAUGCCUGCCGCAGCUGCCGUGCCAGCACCCGUGUCCACCAUGGAGCUGAGCCAGCCCUUGCUCUCCAGGUGCAACAGCUUUCCAGCCAAGCCUCCUUCCUGGGAUGCCUUCGGGGGAGACCAAGCCGUUGAGUUUCCUGAGUCCAGCCUGGGUGGGGCUGUUCGUGUGGAGACGGGCCUGCGAAUGGAAUGA